AUGAGUGCAUUAUAUGAUUCUUUCAAAGAAUCGAUCUCUGGAAAUCAUGCAGCAUUUUUAAUCAUCAAUGAAUUAUCUAUGAUUGUUUCGGUUAUUCGAAAAAACAUUCGAGAUGUAACAUCUGGAUCAUCAAUUAUUCUUGGGGUAGUUUUUGGAAGUGCCUAUGAUGAGAAUAUGGAUGUAAAUGGUCCUCAAAACGGGAAAAAAGGUGACUCUAAAUCAGUGGAAAAUAUACUUUUACACAAGUUUUCACAGUUAAAAUCUAAGUUAGUCCACUGUACAGAUAUAUCUUCACUUGAUACAUUAGUGAUUUUGAAUCCAUUUAUAUAUAUUAUUGAAUCUCCAUUAAUAGCAGCACCAAUUAAAUCACUUGCGUUUAAUUCUUUAAUAAAAUUUUUUUCCUACAGAAUUAUUAAUCCAGAUUCCUUACAAUUUUCUUUAGCAAUUAAACAACUUUUAUCAGCUGUUACAUGUUGUAAAUUUGAGACACAUGAUUCAUUACAAGAUGAAACUGUCUUGCUUAGAAUAUUUAAACUAAUAGAAGAAAUAACAAUUGGAAUUGGGGAAAAAGUCAUUUGUGACUCGAGUAUUUGUGAAAUUAUCCAAAUAUGUUUAAAUAUAUGCUGUCGAUUACGUUUAAGCAAGAUUCUUAGAAAAAGUGUUGAAAUUACAAUGCUAUCCAUAGUCCAAAGUGUUUUUCGAAGAUUAAAAGAGAUAAGCCCUGAAAAUGAAGAAUUAUCCAAUGAAACGACUAAUGGUCAAACUUUUUUUUUAAAAAACGAAGAAUUCUACUCUAAUAAUAAAAGUACUGAUACAUUACUAUUAAAAAAAAAUGAUGAUCAUAAAAAUUUCUCAGAUAAUGAAGAUACUAAAGAUUCAGAAGAUAAUAAACAAAUUGAUCAAGAAAUUUUUCCUUAUGGAAUUUUGUCAAUUAAAGAAAUUUUUUAUACUUUGAUAUUAUUAUUAGAUCCACAUAAUAAGCAUAAUACAGAUAUUAUGCGUAUCAUAGCAUUACGAAUGAUUAAUGCUGCUAUUGAAGUUUCAGGACUAGUAAUAGGAUAUCAUUUUAAUUUGCGCCAUUUAGUUACUGAUAAGUUGUGCCGAUAUUUAUUUCAGCUUGUUCAGUUUGAUAAUUUUUCUAUUAUAUUCCAUUCUUUGAAAGUAAUUUCGUUACUUUUACAUGUUAUGAAACCUUUUCUUAAAUUUCAACAAGAGGUUUUUCUUAGAUAUGCUAUUUCUUAUGUUUAUAUACAUAAUGAUGCCCUUAAAUACUCUUCAAUUGAUUCUAUAUUCUAUGAAGGGAUUUUGGAUUUACCGAAAUUUAGGUAUUUUAUAUCUGGAAAGGAUAUUUCUACUUCAACAAAAGAAAAAAGUAAUUCGGGAACAGGAGAAGGAUCUAAGGAAAUAAAUGUAAAAGAAGUUAUUAUGGAAUGCAUUUUUGGCUUAGUUCAAACACCUAGUUUUAUGGUUGAUUUGUUUGUAAAUUAUGACUGCGAAAUAAAUAUGUGUAAUUUAUGUGAAGACAUUGUUUAUUUUUUUAGUCGUAAUAUAUUUUCGGAUUCCAUAAUUUGGUCAACAACAAAUAUACCAUUGUUAUCAUUAGAAGCAAUAUUAUUACAAGUACAAUAUAUAUCAGAAAGGUUAAAUAUAGAAGAAAAUAAAGAGUCAUUUACUCAUAAGUUUUUAUCUCCUAAACUUCUUUUGGAAAAAAAAGACAAAAAAACAAUAAUAAUUCAAGGAUCAGUAAAAUUUAAUGAAAAACCAAGAGAAGGGAUAAAAUAUUUACAAAAUAAUGGAAUUUUGGAUAAAGAUGCUACUCCAGAAUCAGUUGCAUCAUUUUUAAAAAAUACAAAUUAUGUUAACAAAAAAUUAUUGGGUAUAUAUCUUUCAAAACAGGAAAAUACACAUAUUUUGGAUUGUUUUGUUAAUACAUUUGAUUUUCAUGGAAAACGUAUUGAAGAGGCCCUUCGUGAACUUUUAACUUUCUUUAGAUUACCUGGGGAAUCGCAGCAAAUAGAAAGAAUACUAGAAAAAUUUGCAAAUAAAUACUAUGAAACUAAUUCUAUUGAAAUAGAAACAGCAGAUGCUGCAUUUGUUUUGGCAUAUUCAAUAACAAUGUUAAAUGUCGAUUUACAUAAUACUCAAGUUAAGAAACGGAUGACUAUUGAAGAAUAUACAAAAAAUAUGAGAAAUCUUAAUAAUAAUAAAGAUUUCAAUCCUGAAUACCUAAAAGCAAUAUAUGAAGCUAUUCGUACGAAUGAAAUAAUUGCUCCUGAUGAGCAUAAUAGCCAAUUAGGUUUUGAAUAUACAUGGAGGAAACUUACAAAAUUAUCUGUUAAUGACGAAUUUCGGAUAUAUAAUACGAAUAUUUAUGAUCAAUAUAUCUUUAAAGCAAUUUGGAAACCUAUCAUUGGUUCUCUUUCCUAUGCUUUUAUUUCAACAACAGGUGAUAUUUUUUAUCGUGUAAUUAAUGGGUUGAAUCAAUGUACCAACAUUGCUUCACAAUAUAAAAUGAGUGAAGUUAUUGACUAUAUGAUAUUAUGCCUUGUGAAAAUAAUCCUUAUUGAUGAUAAUGAAUUGAAAAAUACAAGCACUACUUUUUUAAUAAAUGUAGAUGGCAAAGAUGUCUAUAUAAAUCCUUUUUCGAUUAAAUUCGGUGAAAAUACUAAAACUCAACUUGCGACUAUUGUUUUAUUUAAAAUAUGUAUUGGCAAUGAAUCAAUAAUCGUAGAAGGAUGGAAAGAAAUAUUUAAACUCCUCUUUAUACUUUUUGUUAAUCAUCUUCUUUCACCAUCUUUUACUCAGAUACAGAAUUAUAUUUCUAUUCCUCCUAUUUCUAUCAAUUCUAAAGUUAAAAAUAGUAAAAAAAUAGAUGAAAACAAAUCUACUGGAUUAUUGUCAGCAUUAUCAUCAUAUCUUUCAGGUUAUGGAACUAAUGAUGGAUUUUUUAUGUCUGAAAUUGAAAUUGAACAUGCGAUUUGCGCAGCUAAUUGUAUUAAGACAUCACAAAUAGAUGUUUUUUAUGAAAAUAUAAUGUUACUUGAUUUAGAUUCUGUAAAGCCUUUGUUAGAUUUUUUAUUACAACCAUUUUCUCAGGAUAUAUUUGUAAUAUUGAAAUUAAAAAAUUCGUCCCAGGAUAGUUUAAAAAGUAAUUAUUCAAUAAAUAAUGACAAUAAUUAUUUGAAGUAUGACGAAAUUAUUUUACUAAGGAUGGAAAUAGCUACAUGCUUCGUUUUACAUAAUAUUACUUAUUUGAAAGAAUUUUCUAAAAAAGUGUCACAAUGUCUUUUAAAUUUUAUUAAUAAUUCUGAAAAAAUUUCUCAUAUAAUGACAGAAAGAUUUAUAAUAUAUUUAUUACGUAUAGCUAAAGAAGAUAUUGAUAAGGCUGAAAAUCAGCUAGAUAUAUGUUCUAUAUUUCAUUCAAUUGCAUCAUUAACGGAUAGUUUUAUAAUUAAGCAUGGAUUUUCUAUUUCUAAUGGAAUAUUGGAAAUCAUUAAAUUGCCCGUGGAUCAAUCAUAUAUCAAUUCUUCAGAUUUAUUUAAACUUAUUUCAUUGGUCCAAGAAAAUGAGUCAGUUAUUCCUAUUUCUUUCGAAAUAAUUCAACAUUUAUUAUCUCAGAAACUUUUAAAAGAAAAUUUUCACUUAAUUAUUUUUUUAUUAAAUCGAAUUAUCAAUUAUACUUCAGUAAUUAAAAAAAAUGAGCACGAAAGAAUUAGGUCGUCUCCUAAUGAGUUAUUUACAUCAAAUUAUUUUAUAGAUUACGCAAUUCGGUCAAUUACUCUUCUUUAUCAACUUCAUUUAAAAGCACCUUCAUUUUUUUCUGAUUCCAAAUUAGAAUUUAAUGAAGUGUGGAGAAUGUUUUGGGCACCUAUUUUUGAUAUAUUUCAAGAACAAUGUACAAAUAUCUUUUUUGAAAUACGACAACAGGCUUUUACAUGUCUCCAAAAAUCUUUUUUAUCUUCCCACCUUUCUAAUAAUGAAGAUUUACAAUGGACUUUAAUAUUUAAAGAGGUUUUAUUUCCAUUAAUAUUUCGUCUUUUAAAACCUGAAAUCUAUCAACUUGAUCUUCAAGGAAUGGCACAAGCACGGAUACAAGCAGUAACUCUUUUAUGCAAAGUUUAUCUUAAUUAUUUAGUUAAAUUAUCAAAAUAUGAUGGGAUGCUUGAUUUGUGGACUAGUUUGUUGGAUGUUAUUGAUAGAUUGAUUAAUAGUGGACAGCCAGAUCAUCUUACAGAAGCUAUUCUUGAAUCUCUUAAAAAUGUUUUAUUGGUUAUGAAUACAUCAGGUUAUUUAGUGCCACCAUUAGAUUCCGACUUAAUACUUUCUAAAAAUUCGGAUGAUAAUCAGUUCCGUUAUAUAUUAUGGAAGGAAACGUGGAUCCGUAUUGAUCGCUUUUUACCAAAUCUUAAAGAAGAAUUAUUUCCUGCAUCAGUUCAUUCUAAUUAA